AUGUUUCAGCGCACAGUAUUCAGACAGGCCCUUGCUGCUCGGUCUGCCAUGACCGCAGCCUCCUCCUCCACUUCCACAGCGCCGCUCGCUCUCCGACGGACGGCGCGUUUGCAGUCACAACUCCCCACGGCGUUGAGGCCAUUUUCUCCUCAGCCCACCCGUCGAUUCUACUCCACCGAGAACAACGGAGAGAAGAAGGAGGCUACACAGGAGGGUGAAUCUGAGGUCAAGACCGAGGAGGACCCCGUCCGCAAGGAACUCGAGGAGAAGAAGAAAGAAGUCACCGAGCUGAAGGACAAAUACCUCCGCUCUGUCGCCGAUUUCCGUAACCUGCAAGAACGCACUAAGCGCGAUAUGGAUGGUGCCCGCAACUUUGCGAUUCAGCGUUUCGCCAAGGACUUGCUCGAGAGCAUUGACAACUUCGAUCGCGCGCUCCUGGCUGUGCCCGCCGAGAAGCUCAAGGCUGAACGCACCGAUGCCAACAAAGACUUGCUCGAUCUGGUUGAUGGUCUCAAGAUGACCGAGAAGACUUUGAUGAACACACUGCAGAAGCACGGUCUGGAGCGCUUCGAUCCCAGCGAACAGGUCGAGGGCAAGGCCCAGAAGUUUGAUCCCAACAUGCACGAGGCCACCUUCAUGGCCCCCUCGCCAAACCAUGAAGACGGUGAUGUUAUGUAUACCCAGAGCAAGGGUUUCCUGCUCAAUGGACGUGUCGUUCGUGCUGCCAAGGUUGGCGUGGUCAAGAACGCCUAA